CUGAAAUUUGGCAAAGAGCUGACUCUUUAAUAAACAGGACACGUUCGUGUUCUUGGCUGAAGGCUGCAGACGACUUCUUGGACAACUGAGAGCUGCUGCUUCAAUCAUGACAAGAGACAGCGAGGAGAUGUGUGAUUCAUCUAACUGUUUUCCCCUUCAAGCAAUGGAGUCUGCAAAACUUGAGACUGUUUGUAUUUUCGGAACCGGAGAUUUUGGAAGAUCACUUGGACUCAAGUUGCUCCAGUGCGGCUAUUCUGUUGUUUUUGGGAGCAGGAAUCCUAAGUCUUCCGAUCUUGUCCCAAAGGGAUCAGAUAUUCUAAGCUAUGCAGAGGCAGCAAAGAAAUCAGCCAUAAUUAUCAUAGCAGUUCAUAGGGAACACUAUGAUUUUCUCACAGGCUUUGCUGACGUUUUGAAGGGUAAAGUCUUGGUAGACGUCAGUAACAACCUAAAAAUAAACCAGUACCCAGAAUCUAAUGCGGAAUACCUGGCGGGUUUGUUACCAGGAUGUAAAGUAGUAAAGGCAUUUAACACAGUCUCUGCCUGGGCCCUGCAGUCUGGAACAUUAGAUGCAAGUAGACAGGUCUUCUUGUGUGGUGAUGAUGCCAAGGCAAAAGAAGCUGUAAUGGAGAUUGCCCGCUCUCUUGGACUCAUGCCACUAGACCAAGGAUCUCUACUGGCAGCCAAUGAGAUAGAGAACUACCCACUACAACUAUUUCCAAUGUGGAGACUGCCCUGUUAUAUCUGUGCUGUAUUCACGGUGUUGAUCUUCCUCUACUGCUUAGUGACUGAAGUGUUUCAUCCUUUGGCUACACGUAAAGAAGACACAUCCUACCUGAUUGCAAUUUCCAUUCCCAACAGGGUGUUCCCUGUUGUGUCCCUUAUACUACUCGCCUUGUGUUAUCUACCAGGAAUCCUUGCUGCCAUCAUCCAGCUCUACAGAGGCACAAAGUAUAGCCGCUUUCCAGACUGCCUGGACCAAUGGAUGCUGUGCCGAAAACAGCUGGGACUCUUAGGUUUGGCGUAUGCUUUUCUACAUGCCAUUUACACCCUGGUUAUGCCUAUCCGCUACUAUGUGCGAUGGUGGACAAACAGUUAUCUAAUCACACAGAUAAAAGACAAUUCAACAUAUCCAUUUAGCAACUACUAUGCCUGGCUUUCAGACUCCUAUGUGGCAUUGGGCAUACUAGGAUUUUUCUUUUAUGUUUUAUUGGGCAUUACAUCGCUGCCAUCAGUUAGCAAUGCAGUCAAUUGGAGAGAAUUUCGCUUCGUACAGUCAAAAUUAGGCUACCUGACAUUGGUGCUUUGUACAGCGCAUACACUUGUCUAUGGUGGAGACAGAUUCAUCUUCGGACCCUUCUACAGAUGGUAUCUCCCUCCAGUUUUUGUGGUUUCAUUAAUCAUUCCAUGCGCUGUACUGGCCAUGAAAUUCAUCCUGAUCAUUCCAUGUCUGGACCAGAAGAUCACACGAAUCCGUCAGGGCUGGGAAAGGAAAUCAAAGACGGCCAACAUGAACUGCUGAAACAUACUGUACAGUUAUCCAAUGAAGCUCUUCAAUGCAAAAAAGUACAAAAAUGUCCCCGUGGGCCAUUUAAAAAGACCACAAAAAAUUGUCACCAGGAAUGAAGACUGUCUGAUAUCUCCAAUGGAUUGGGAUUUCAGUGUUCAAAAUCCUUCUCUGGAGUAAUGGUAGAUGUAGUUGUAAAUAUGGAGAUCUGAUGGUAUCUUCUGAUUACUAGGGGCUUGUGCUAAGCAACCGUCAGAAUGUUUUUGGACCAAAAUUGCCUAUCAAAAAUAUUGUCUCAAUGGUGUCUAUAGCAUGCAGGUAGCCUUUUGUUGGUUUUAAGGGCCCAAGUCACCCUUUGCUAGGGUCUGUAUGAAACUACACAUAGGUUUAUGCCAGACUUCUCCGUGACAAAGGAUGAGGGGUGCAAGCUGUGUCUCAGGGUUGAGGAAUAUCUGAUGACAUGAAUGAAACAUAUCUGAGGUGUAGAUAGAUUGUUAUCCUAAACUAUUACCUAAUCAGAAUCAUACUCAAUUUGCAUCAUAGACAGAGCUACAAAAGAUAUAAUUCUGAAGUCAAGCACAUAUUACAUGUCAUAUAUACAUUAUAUCAUAGCAGUGAGAAUGUACUGAGCAUAUUAUUCAAAUAUUUAAAGGGCCAGUCGACUUCAUUCUUUUAAAAAAAAAAUCUCUAUUUCACAUAUUAGUUUCUCUGACUAGCAGUGGCAGUGUCACAUGACGGUGCUGGGGUUUUGUAUAAGGUAAAACCUUGCAGCAUAGGGAAAACUAUCUACUCAGUGUCUACAUUCCCCCUAGAGUGCCAAUAUGACCUGCUCUACUUAAAGGGAUUCUCUGCUUUGGACAGCCUCUGUGAAAACAUAAAUGUUCGGCUUUCCUGCAGCGCCACCACAAGGGAAAAGAAGUGUAAUACAGUACCCAUAAAAAUGUGUGUCUUUUCGCACUGUAGAAUAAACACCAAAAAAGUCCUCAGUUAUAAAUAAAUAAAUAAAUAUAUUCCAAGCAAAUUCAAAUAUUUUAUAGAUCAAUAAAAACAAAUUUAUCCUCUAUGUAAUACAAUUCCUAUUCACAAUAAUCCAAAUAUAUAGAAUAUUAAAACGAUCCACAGAAUAGCAAUACAAUUACAUUAUUUAGCCAUGAUAGUUGAAUAUA